GGGCACAUCUCAGCUCAUCCAGGAGCCGCGGGCGGGCGGGCGCACCUGGGAAUGGGUGCUUGGGGGGCGAACCUGCCCUGGGGCAGAGCGCCGCGGCCGGGGAGGGCGGAAGGUCGAAUCCUGCCCCGGGUCAUGACUCCCCGCCAGUGACGGGUCCGCGGUGUAGGCGAAGAGCGCUGGGCCGGCGCACUAGCGGGACUCGGGGGCAGGCUCCUGUGGGGCAAGGCGCGGAGAGCCCGGUAACCGGAGAGUCCGAGAUCCGCCUCCGUACGCAGGGACACAGCGCGGUCCGACAGCUUCGCUCGCUGUGCAGUGCCCUGGCCGUGAGGCCAGGCUGUCCUGGGCCCUUCUUACCCCAGCUCAGCUGGGGCGGCUGUCCUGGGUCUUUUGCAUAUUUUACAAUUAAGGAUAGGUUGCCUCAAAUCCUAACUAAGGUUAUUGAUACUUUGCACCGACAUAAAAAUGAAUUCUUUGAAGAACAUGGAGAGAAAGGCAUUGAGGCAGAGAAGAACACUAUAUCCAUCCUCUCUAAGUUAAGGAAUGAGCUGCAAACGGACAAACCGUUGGUUCCCUUGGAUGAUAAACUCUGUGAUGUUCCACUGUGGAAUCAAUACCUAGAAUAUCAACAAAAUUUAUUAGAUGGAAAUGAACAGCCAAGCUGGUUUCAGUCCCCUUGGUUAUAUGUGGAGUGUUACAUGUACCGCCGGAUUCAUGAGGCACUAGUUCAUAAUCCUCCUCUUGACGACUAUGAUGUAUUUAAAGAAGCAAAGGUUCAAAGCUUCUUUGAAUCCCAACAAGCUAUUAUUGCCUUAUGCACUUACUUGCAGGAACUUCUUAAAAACAUUGAGGACCUAGAUGAAAAACAACUUCAGGAAGAAUUUUUUAGGCUGCUGCAGGUUUCAUUGUGGGGGAAUAAGUGUGACCUCUCCUUUUCAGCUGGUGAAGACAACUUUCAGAAAGCCAGUUCUCUAAAAGCACUGGACAACUUGAAAACUUUCAUCUUAGUGGAUGAUACGGAAGACAUUUGGUCACUGCUUAUUAACAGCAAGAAAAGAAGAACGUCAAAAGAUGUUACUAGAGUUGACAUAGUCCUGGAUAAUGCUGGAUAUGAACUUAUUACUGAUCUAGUACUGGCUGACUUCCUGUUAUCAUCAAAGUUAGUUACUGAAAUCCAUUUCCAUGGAAAGUGUAUUCCAUGGUAUGUAUCGGAUACUACAAAGCAAGAUUUUAACUGGACUGUUAAACAGCUGCAGUCUGCUAAUAAUAGGUGGAUAUCUAGGUGUGGGAUGAACUGGGAGGGCAGUAUUAAAAAAGGAGUUUUUGUUUACCAUGAUCACAUGUUUUGGACUCUGCCGCAUGAAUUUUGUAGUAUGGCUCAGGUUGCUACUGACUUGUACACUGAGCUGCAGAAGUCACAUUUAAUUAUUUUUAAAGGUGAUCUCAAUUACAGGAAGCUAACUGGAGAUAGAAAAUGGGAGUUUACUGUUCCAUUUCAUCAAGCCUUAAACAAAUUUCAUCCUGCACCUCUCUGCAGCUUGAGAACACUAAAAUCUGAUGUUCAGGUUGGUCUGAAACCUGGACAAGGUGAGCAGUUUGUGACUUCUGAACCUGACUGGAUGAUAUGUGGGAAAUACGGAGUAGUUCAGUUUGAUGCAUCUUUGUGAUUCAGGUGUGAGGUUCAUAGUUUACCAAGGGAUAGGUUUAAUUUGCACUGUUUCAGAGAGCUGUGCUUUUGCUGUUCAGUUUUGGGCUCUUCGUUUACCUGUUUCUGGCAAGUAGCUUGUUACUACUGAUUUACAAAAGCUAAAGAUGUUGUGCAACAGUUUACAAACUUUCUUUUUAAGACUCAGAUUAUUAAAUUUUAUGAUCUAAAAUGUCAACAGGUGUUGCAGAUGAACAUUACUUCAGUUGUCCCUAAGAAUACUUUAUCUUUCAGUAAGUAAAGAGAAUUAAUGCUCAGUGGAAGAUACAAUUUACUUGUGGAACUGGUUCCACCUUCGCAUGUAUUUACUGUUCCAGUACUGUUUGACAUUUUCAAGUGCCAUAUGUUGCAUGGUACUUAGAUUUGUGCAUUCAAAAAAAAAAUUAACUUCUGGGUCUUCUGCAUCACUGCAGCAGAGGUCUUAUUUUAAAGCUGUUUGAUUUGUCUUUCACAAGGAGUAUUUUACAUAAAUUGACAAUGUUUUCUCAUCUGUGUGGUCAAUAUGUGCAAAUAGCUUUCAGAAUGGCAAAAACUAUUAAAAAGAACUAAGUGGGUGUAGUCAGCAGUGGGUUAAGGAAGGAUCAUUUGGGGUGAGACCGUGGUCCUGUAAAGAAGACUCAGAUGCCCAACUGAGUCAGAGCACUAAGACACAAGUAAGUAGUGCCUGAUAACUGCCUGCCAAGUGGGGUAGUCCCCCUCCCCUCCCACAACAAGUUCAGACUCUGAAGUUGGGAGUAAGAAUCCAUCUUUAAAGAUGUGGAAAGAAUUGUUUGAGACUGUGACAAGCCAGGGGUGUGAUUUCCCCCGCCCCCCACUUGUGAGCACAUGCUCAGUCUUGCUGUCACAGCCAAGCUGUGCCUUUACUGCUGCUACCCUGUGUGACUGCAACUACACUGCUGUUUAUACUUGCGCUAGCACAAUGAGAGCUAGCAUGAGUAUGUGUAAGUGAGCAGGGAAACCACACCCCUACUUCAUUUAGAUGUAGCCUGAAUAUGGUUGUGAGGGAGCAGAUAUCUUGGUAAACUCAUUCAGGAUUUAUGCUUAAUCCUUCUUUGUAUUAGAGAGAGGGCACAGGUAACAGUAUGUACAGUUAAAGUUGCCUGACUUUCCAUUAAUGAUGCAACCCUUUUUUAGCUGCUUAUAACACUGCAAGAUAUAUCUGUUUCAGAUGAAAUUUCUGUGCUGGGUGUCCGCCUCCUGCUGAAAAAGAAAAAAUUUUUUUUUGAAAGUUUCAGCAAAAAUGUUUCAGCUGUUCUCAACAAGGUUAGGAGAAAAUAUUGAGCAUUCUUAACCCAGCAGCCCUGCACUGGAGAAGGAUUUUCCCAUGAGUUCCUCCUCCCAGCAACCAAAUGUUGGGAGCAGAAACUGAGCAGUGGUAUUUUCUUUCCUAUGCUAUUGCAGUCCAUGCAGUGAGGUGGUGGCAGUGGUCUUAUUGUAAUAGAGGGGUGAGAAGCUAGGCCUAGGGAAGGAAUAGGGCAGGCGGUCUCAGGUGAGCUUGGUGUAGUGGGGGAGCUGCAUGUAUGGGAGGGGGGGAAGAGACCUGGGACAAGGACAGACUGAAAGGACAAGGGGAGAAGGGUCUGGUGCAGGGGCGGAGAAGUACGCACUGGGGUCUAACCAUUAUUGCACACACCCCUCAAAACGUAGACUAAAUCCCAAAUUCCUUUGUUGUCAGAAAAUUGCAAUGCAACCUGUCUUUCAUCUCCCUCUAAUAGAGAGUGCAUACGCAGGGUGACAACCUACCACUGCUGUGAAUUACUGUUAGCUCAAGCAGCAGAUAUCUGUGAGGUGGGUCUAAAGGUUCCUGCUCUGCUGAUGACUGCUUGGGUCUCACUGUGAGCCCCAUGUUGGAAUUUUUUUUCCCAAUUUGCUUUUUUUAAAGCGUAGGAGAUUAUAAAUACAGAAUCUUAGUGUUCUUUCUGUAGGUUUAAAAAUGAAGUACUCAACAGCUAGGAAAUACCAGGAAGAAUUGUCCCAUGGUUAGGGUGCCAGCUUGGUACUCAAGCCUCUGUUCUGUUGCCUGCUUUCACAGAUUUUCUGGGUUACUGUGAGUAUGUCACUUAAAGUGUGCCUCAGUUCCCCAUCUGUAUAAUGGAGAUAGCAUUUCCCUACCUCACUGGGGUGCUAUGAAGCACUCAGGUUCUGCAGUAAUGGGGGCUAUAUAAGUGUGUCUUAACUGGAAUUAAGCUUGCCUAGGCAACUGUCAUUCUCUUCCCUACUCUUGAGCAUAUGUUUUGAUAGUCUUUAAUUACAUGACAUCCUGUAUUUUUGCAUGGUAUCUAUACCCCAUUCAGUGCAUACGAUGGACAUUGCUCACUUGAAGAGCAGCUAGUGGAUUUCAUUUGUUGUCAUUAUCCAGUAUGUGACCCCUUGCUUUAAUUACUGUACACUGUUCAAACCUUGCUCUGAAUAUAGAAGUAUUAAUCAGAGUGCUUCUCAAAUAUUAAUGAAUGUUUCAACCUCUGGAGUUAAGUGGUGGUAUUCCCAUUUUACAGAUAGUCUCUUUGCCUCAGUUCCCUAAGGUAAAAACAUACACUAACUUUGGGUGUACCAUUUAAGAUGCCUAGGGACUGACUCUUUCCAGAAAACUUAGUAUUUUAUACAACUUUUUAUAUUCAGAGCACAUCUCCCAUUUACUUCAGUUGCAGCUGUGAGUGUUUAGAACUUCUUCAGCCGGACCCCUGGGUAUCUUAUUGGCCACCUUGAAAAUGAUUAACACAGUGACCAUCUUAAAAAGUUUGGUUUAGUGUCUUGCCCAGCAUCACCCAGGAACUCUCUAGUAGAGACUCCAGUUCUCCAAGGAGCAUUCCAUCCUCCCUAAACCAUGAAAAUAGGCUCUCUCUUCCUGCAUUCCCCUGCCUCAUUCACUACACUCCUUCCAACUUCUGCAACAAAUGAGGCAGGGAUCCAACAGCUAAGAGCAUCAUUAGCUACACAACCAACACAACCACUGUUCAUUCUCAGGACACAUCCUGUACACUAAAUGAGGAAGGGUGGAAAUAAUGGUAUGUAAUGUAAUUAAAUACACCAUCAUAAUUUACACCCUAAUGGAGGCCACAGUAAGGUUACACGGGCAACCUUAAUUCUGGCACUUCCUAAUUUGAGGGCUUAAUUUUGCACCUUAACAAUCAUUUAAAAUGGUUUUUAUAUAUAAUACUGAAUACACAGUAGAACCUUAUUGAAUUGCUACUGGGCUUGCAGACUGACUAUCCUCUCCUAAAAAACUAACAGUAUUGUAUCCCCUGCAAACAUGUCAUAUAGACCCUACCUAUUACAAUAAGAUACUUCAUUAGAAAAAUGUGCCUAGUUGUUAGGAGCAAAGUAUAUUGUGAAGUAUUUUCCUAAAUGUUUAUUAAUCUUUCCUUUGUAAUACGUAACUUGCAGUAUGCCUAUGUCAUUAGGGGGAAGCCUACUAAUUCUUUUUAUUAAUGUAGGAACAAAAUAGAAUGAGGAUAUACUUUUAAUAUCUCUGUUUAAGGAAAUGCUUCCUGCUCACUUACAUUAUAUCUAUAUAAUUUUUCUAACAUUGAUUGCAUUAUUAUAAUGAUCUACAGCCCACAGGGGAUUUCUAAACCAAUUUCUUGGGCUUUUCCUUGUGUGCUAUUUGAAUUUUCAUAACACCGAAGGGUAUUUCUAAUCAACUCCAAGAUGAUCACCAGAAUACGGGCAUUUCCAUCCACCUUCUGAGCAAGUGUAGCUCUAACUCAUACUUUUUGAAUUUUGAACUACAAUGGUGGCUCUUAUCUAUAAUCAUACAAACUCCAGGAAGAUCAUUUGUUGUACACACAGUUCGCAGCCUCUGAAAAUCAGUAAGUCAACAUUAAUGUAUAAAAAGUUGUAAACAUAUUUCUUAAGACAAAUCAGGUAUUAAAAACAUGCAAUACAUUUAUACACUUGAAACUCCAGUAUGGGUUUCUUCAGUAAGAAUGAUUUAUGCUGAACUGUAAUUUCCCUUUCAUCAAAAUAGAUAUUGUUUUGUCAAACCUUAAAAAGAAUCUUCAGAUGACACCUAGCCUUUGAACACGAGAGUCUUACAAUAUAUUUCCAUUUGUUUUAAAAUAGAAGUCUGUGUUCCUUCCAUUUAAUUAUGAAUAUUUUUAAUGGAAAAAGCAGACCUUUUUAUAAGCACAGGAUUAGAACUGCAGAAAUCUUUCUUUUCAAUUUAUACUGGUGAUUUAUAGGCUUUUGUAAUAAAACUUGAUUUUAAUGAAAGAAAAAGUAGAUUUAGGGUGAGAUCCAUCCCAAAUUUACCUUCAAGGUUUCCUCCAACAAAUCCUGUCCCAGCUUAGUAAAACUUCCAUAUUUCUCUUAUUUCAAGAAUUGUUCUAUAUAAAAUGUAGGACAUGUAAAGAUGUGGGCAGUCCCUUUGCACCCCAGUGUGGUGCUGUAGAUAUGCCCCAUCUUAAUUUCCCCUGAUUUUGGUGGCAAUAGGUUUCCAUUUUAAAAGCCCAAGGCAAGGAGAAGACAACACAAAAGAACAAAAUGGUAUGUCCCUUCUUAAAUGAAGCUUGUGGGCAGCAGCAAUCGCAACAAAUAUUCAUAAGUCCUCACCUCCAGACCAGACCUUGGUUGAGAGCUCUCACCUUAAAGCCCAUAAUACCAAGUCUCUGAGCCCUGGUCUACACUACCAACUUAGGUUCGUAUAACUGUCAUUCCACACUCAUGAGCAAUGCAGUUAUACUGAUAUAACUCCCAGUGUAUAUAGUGCUAUGUUGAUAGGAGGUCCUUUGACAUAGCUACUGCCCCUUAAGGAAGUGGAGUACCUGUGCUGAUGGGAGAAGCUCUCCCAGAGACACAGGUAGCAUCUUCAUUACACGCUACAGCUGCACUGGUGUAACUACAGCCCUGUAAAUAUAGACAAGCCUUGAGUAUCAUAGGGCUGAUCCUCUGGAGCCUGAGAGAAACCAUCAGCCACUGCAGCAUGCACAGGUUCUUCCCCUCCUCUUCCUGUUUAUAUAUCCCAGGCAUAAGUCAGGACUUCCUUGAUUACACCCUAAGCUGUUCCAAAUGUUGACUGCAGCCUGUCCCUUAAAGAGAUAGUACACUCCCUCAUAGGGCAUAACCAAAAAAGAGAAGGGUUCCUAAAUAUAUAUAUAAAACCAAUUAGUCUCUGCCCAAUAGCUUUUAAUGUUAAUUCAUCUUGCAAGUUAAAAUGUUUAAAAGAUGUGGUGCAGUAGCCCUGAACCUCCUUCAACUGCAUUUGUGCUAAUGACUCUUCCAAAUUAUUAUACCACAUGCCAAAUUUCUGUUAUCAUCUUAGCAACAGUGUUUCCCAAACUCAAAGGAGCUCUACGAACUUAAAGGAAGAGAAAAACAACUUAAUAUUUUCCCACUAAGCAUAACUGAAGUCUCUCCCCAAUAAUUCUUUUAAAUUAUUCUUUUAAAACUAGUCUAUUGCUGCCAACCUGAAUAACUUAUGGGUGUAUAUAUGGUUGGAAUUGAAACUGUUUCUUGCAAGUUCAGACAAACUUCCACUUAUACUUAAACCACUUAACUCCUUGCUCCCUGACAAGUUGGAAUCGUUCAGACAACAGAGAGAGAACCGUCACUCUAGUUUUCUGUGAGGAUUACUAUAAAAUGUACUGAUUUACAAAAACCAAAUUGAAUUUAAAAUACCAGUUCCAUUACAAUAGAAUUUUAUUUAUGUAGAGUAUCUUCAGAUUGAAGAACUUUUCUGUCUGCUGAAUUUCUCACUUGCUCUCAAACUAUAAAACAAAGGCUUAGGAUGAUGCUCACCUGACUGAAGAAGCUAAACUCAAAAUUGCUUAAACUGAGUAGCAAUUAAGAAUGCAAAAUAAAAUAUUAAUACAAAUAGCACAACUUAAGACUUGGUCAGAAUACACAUACAAAACCAAUGUUGACAUGGUAUUUUAAGGGUCAUUCUAUUUCCAUCUUUAAAAUAUGCACAACUGUUAAUUUAAGCAAUUUGGUUUUCUGUUAUCAGAGCAAGUAUUUUUUAAGAUUUUGUUUUUCUGGAAUUGGGACUUUUCAUAUGCUUUCAAGACAUCUGGUUCACACUGGAAACUUAAUUAGUUUUUCUAAUCAGAAAAAAAUGUUAAACUGCGAGUCUGGAAGUUUUGUUCUUGGGUCCAAUUUCUUGUCCCUCCUUAGAUAAUAGCUUAUUUGUGAUAACCAUGUUACAUCUUGCAUGGUGUAGAGAAUAUUUGUACAAAGAAUAUUAUUGAAGAAUUUGGAUCAAAGCAUUAAAAGUUGAGCUAGCCAA